UCUGGCCCAGCAUAAAUCUCCUGGGCUGAGCGGGCCCCGCCAGUGCGCUGCGCUCCCGCCAUGGAGUGGGCCGCGCUGCUCCUGCUCCCGCUGGCGCUCUGCGCGCUGCUCUACCUGCUGGGCCGCUGGCUGCUCGGCCUGGACGGCGACCUCACCCUGCUGUGGGCGGAGUGGCGGGGCAAGAGGCCAGAAAAUGAACUGCCUGACAAGGUCGUCUGGGUGACAGGAGCCUCAAGUGGAAUUGGAGAAGAAUUAGCUUACCAGCUGGCAAAGAUAGGGGCUUUAAUUGUGCUUUCUGCAAGAAGAGAGAAUGAAUUGGAAAGGGUGAAACAGAAGUGUCUCGAGAUCUCCAACUUGAGCAGUAAAGAUAUCCUUGUUUUGCCCCUUGAUCUGACUGAUAGAAGCUCCCAUGAAGCUGCAACUAAAACCGUGCUUCAGCAUUUUGGCAGAAUUGACAUUUUGGUGAACAAUGGUGGACGUUCCCAGCGCUCCCUGUUUGUGGAUACGAAGGUGGAAGUCUAUGCUGCCAUAAUGGAACUUAAUUACCUGGGUACAGUCUCCUUAACUAAACAUGUCCUGAAUCACAUGGUCCAAAGGGAGAAAGGGAAGAUUGUAACUAUGAGCAGUGUAAUGGGCAUCAUGGGAGCCCCCCUUGCCACGGGAUAUUGUGCCAGCAAGCAUGCCCUCCAGGGUUUCUUUAAUUCUCUUCGGCCUGAACUUGGGGAAUACCCGGAGAUAAUCGUUACCACCAUCUGUCCAGGACCUGUCCAAUCCAAAAUUAUACACAAUGUCUUUACUGAAGACCUCUCAAAGUCACUAGAAAACACCGGUGAUCAGUCCCACAAAAUGCCAACUGAUCGUUGCGUUCGACUUACAUUGGUCAGCAUGGUAAAUGAUCUGAAAGAAGCCUGGAUCAGCGAUCACCCAUAUCUAGCAGUCUGCUACCUUUGGCAAUAUGCACCCACCUGGGCAUGGUGGCUUCUGAACAAGAUGGGCAAAAUAAGAAUAAAAAACUUCAAGAGUGGAGUGGAUGCUGAUGUCUCCUAUUCUAAAAAGAAGAAAGCUUGAAGAGAAACCUGCACAGAACCCCACUAAACCAAAGCAUCAGAGGGGUAGCCGUGUUAGUCUGGAUCUGUAAAAGCAGCAAAGAAUCCUGUGGCACCUUAUAGACUAACAGACGUUUUGGAGCAUGAGCUUUUGUGGGUGAAUACCCACUUUGUCAGAUGCCUGUCACCCACGAAAGCUCAUGCUCCAAAACGUCUGUUAGUCUAUAAGGUGCCACAGGAUUCUAAACCAAAGCAGUAGCUGUAGCUGGGGGAGUUCUGUUCUCUAUUAAUCUUUGCAAGUUAAGGUCUUUAUAUUUUUAAUUAUUCCUUACAUUUUUGCUAUCAUGUAACCUGACAAAUGCAACUUAAUGUGACUGUAGGAACAUUUCUUGAAUAAAAGCAUGUCUGUAAACAUA